AUACUCUUACUACUCCAAAGGAGGCAAAUGUGGACGCCUCCUAGCUAACUCACUUAAAGACACGAGACAAACUACAUUUAUAUCCAAGUUCAAAACACGAUCGGGACACAGAUCACAUAAAAUCAGACUUACUACAUGAAUUCCAGAGGUUCUCCACACAACUCUAUAACAUUCGAUCUUCCACUCCAAUAGCUCUAGAACUAGAACACUACUUAACCCCUCGAAUAAAACAAACAACACCCCAAAACCUAUUACUACAUUUGGAACCACAAAUAACACCAGACAAAUUCUUAUUAGCAACCUAGCAAUCCACUCUUGGGAAAAGUCCGGGCCCAGAUGGCUACACAGCCAAAUACUAUAAAAUAUAUUCUCAGACACACUCGCCAACCCAUUCAUUAAGGCUUUCAACUCCCUCACCACAAGCCCAACCCUUCCAGAUGCAGCACUAGAAGCACACAUAAUCCUAAUUCCCAAAACGGAUAUAGACACCUCUCUAUGCGGUAACUACCGCCCUAUUUCAUAAAUCAAUACGGACCUCAAACUCUUCACCAAAAUUCUAGCUACUAGAUUACGUCGUCUAUUACAAGACCUGAUCCACCCCGACCAAGCAUGUUUCAUCCCCGGAAGGGAAGCCAAACACAACACCACAAAACUGAUCAAUCUAAUGCAUUUAGCACAUCGAUCACAAUCAGAAAGCCUACUCCUAUUAAUAGAAGCCGAAAAGGCAUUUGAUAGGGUGGACUGGUCCUUGAUAUUUGCCACACUAAAGACUAUGGGAUUCGGCACUAACUGGUCUCAAUGGGUAAAAUCUAUAUAUUCCAAACCCCGAGCACGAAUUAGGAUCAACGGUCAACUUUCGGAACCCCUCACUAUCUCCAUGGCACGAGACAGGGCUGCCCCCUAUCCCCCUUAUUGUUUUUCUUGAUCAUGGAACCCUUUCUUCAAGGCAUUAGAGACCACACAUCCGUCCAUGGCAUAGUAGUGAAGGAUACAGAAUAUAAAGUAGCGGCAUUUGCCGAUGACCUUCUUUUCACUCUCACACAUCCAAAAUCUUCCAUGCCACAAAUCUUAAAGGAAAUCUCCCUAUACCAACACAUCUCAAACUUUAAGGUCAACUUCAUUAAAAGCGAAAUCCUACCUCUAGUCAUUUCAACAUUCACUAAAGAUAUUUUACAACACUCCUACCAGUUUAUUUGGGCAUCAAAGGCAAUUAAAUACCUAGGGAUUCACCUACCUAUACGUUUAACCCAAUUAUACGACCUAAACUUCCCUCCUCUUCUACAAACAAUUUCAAAGGACCUAACGAGAUGGCACAAGCCUAUCUUUGGUUGGCUGUGCCGUAUAAACAUAAUCAAGAUGAACAUACUACCGAAACUCCUAUAUCUCUUACAAACCAUUCCUAUAGCAAUACCAAAAAGCUUCUUCGCAGAAAUUAAAAAACAAUUCACCCUGAGGGGGCGGGGCUUGGACGCCAUUCUGGAUGGAUGCAGAAAGCAUGGGCUCCUGCCUAAUCUUGGCUUAAAAUCGACUUGAAGGGUGACAAACGCCCUAUUACUGGACUAACUCACACUGGCAAACUUGUUUAGCACCAUGCAGGCAACACUGGAGUGAGAUCCAGACCUCCACACUUUCAAAGCCAAGCAGUGGCGGCCAUCUACGUGCGGCCUGGUGUUACCUCGGCGGGAGAAGCGGCCGAUCUCUCUGACCGGGGUGGCCCAGGCACUCUUCUUUGUGGAUCUAUAGUGCCCCGUACUCCCCCCCUCUGGGCCAGCGGGGGUUAUCCUGGUCCCCACCAAGCAGUAUUCAUUCACUUACCUGUGGCUCCUGAGCGAAUCUUGCAGAAAAAGCCCCCACGUGGCCGACCUAAGAUGGCUGACAGCAGCGCUGAUGCGAAGCACGAAACACAAGAACCGGCACAGAGCUGGGAAGAGAGCUUCACACGGGCAUUCAAUGCCAUAUGCCGGAGGUUCUGGCGGAAUCUGAGGGAACGGAGGAAAUCAUCUGCAGCGAUGGUCCAGGUAACUCAACCUGAUUGCAGAGUUCCUGCCCGGAAACCCCCAACUAGUCUGAGACCAAAACAGCAACAGCGGGCGGCACAAGGGCUGCAAAUCCGAGAUCCUGCGCCGAAAUCCUCAGCAGGUCAGAGACUCAGGCGGCGGCAGAGAGCAGCGCAAGGGCUGCACACCCAAGAUCCACCAUGGAAACUCUCAGCAGGUCAGAGACCCGUGCGGCGGCAGCGAGCAGCACGUGGGCUGCAUACCAGCGGAGUCCGUGGCCCCCGGCAGACCCAAGGACUUUGCCUUAUCACGGGAAGAGUAGCCUACGACCAUGAGACUGGGUGUACUGCAGCGGGAUGCAGAAUCCCAGAGGACCCUUAUUACCGUUUGUGCGGGCCUGAUCCCUGCCUACAUGCCAUGGGUAUAGGGUGAAGGUACCAAAUGUCCCACUGCUCACUACAGCCCUCCUGCCCACUUUACCAUGUUCUUACACUCAGCGAGCUAAGCUAACUAGCCGUUGGUGGUUUCCCUAGCUAACAAUACUAUGUAAUGGCCUACUCCUUACUAGCACUGUCCCCAUGUUUAAGUUUACGACUAUACAUUUGUUUAUAGCUGAUACAGAGGUCUAUGUUACUAUAGAAAAGUGCAGUAUUUUUGACAUCUCUCAACCUCACUAUGCCUAUUCAUGUGUAUUCUUGUAUACACCAAUGGGAUAUGUCACUGUAUGCCUGUCUGUUAUACUUUAUACUUAUAACAUAUUGCGACUAAACCACUACGAAUGCAGAAUAACCAUACAAAGUGCAGGUACUAAUGUACUCUUGAUUAUUGAAAAAAAACUAAAACAAACGUACAUGUCCCUAGUUUUAAGCAGCAUGAUUAGCUUGUGACAUCACGACUAUACUGGUAUGGUGAAAAUAGCGUAGUUAAGCAUUAAUUGUUCUAUUUACAUUCAUUUUUACUCUAACGUUCUAACUGUAUGGUCAAGCUUGAUAAAAAUAUAUAUAAAAAUGUGCAAAAAAAACAAUUCACCCUAAAACCACUACACAACCACCACCCUACAAUUACUCCAACUCUUAAGAUAUGGGAAGAAAUUAGAAUGUCGCAUAAUAUAGCCCCUCAGCCAUCCCCACUAUAUCAGAUUACCCGCAAUCCACAAUUCCCACCAGGAGCAUUCCAACCCUCCUUCGCUUCACUACAAGCCACACAUUACCUUACAUUACAAUCAAUGCUGCAGGCCCGACACGCCGGGAAAUUCCCCACCGCAACCACAGACACUAACCAGACAACAUUACAACACUACCAACAAAGGCAACUUGCACACUUUCUCUCAUCCCAUCGAGAACUAACGGAGGGAAAAAGACAACUCACAAAAUUUGAAAAACUCUGCACAACCACCAAGAUAAAAACACUAACAAACUACUAACAAUUGACAAUGACCACCCGCUACCCAAAUUCACCAAUUCCUGGGAAUCAGAACCUAACAUUCAUAUCUCCCCGAAGGACUGGGCAAACCUAUUCCUUAAAAUCCAUAAAACAUGCCUUAGUACUCAAUCUCAAGAAGGCAACUACAAGCGGAUAACUCGCUGGCACCUAACACCUAUGAAAUUAAACAAGAUCUUCCCAAAGGUCUCCAACUCCUGUUGGAGAUGCGGACAACCUGCCAGCACCCCAGGCCACAUAUGGUGGCACUGCCCGAUCAUCACAGAAUACUGGUCCAAAAUAUCAAAGAUGAUCCAUCUAAUAACAAACAUUAAAAUACCCCCCCAAACCUGAAAUCAUACUCUUUCUCCACUUCCCUGAACCUAUGCCCAAACCCACAAAAUCACUCAUUACCCACCUACUGAUAGCAAAUGCCCUCAUACCCACACUCUGGAAACAGUCGAGAGCUCCCACAAUUAGAGAAUGGAUUCAGAGGGUCGAAUCUACCCGCCUAAUGGAAGAUAUCCACUAUACCAAAACACACAAAUACUCCCUAAUAUCAGACAUAUGGACUCCCUGGGUCCAGUACAUACAAACACAAGACAGAUGCCGUACAAAAUAGACUCAAUAAACAAUGUAAAUAAACACUUCUCAAGAAAAUAGAAUCAGAAUUCGCAAUCACAAUAUCACUGGUUCUUGAGGCGAGACGCGUAGUCGAGUCGGUACCUUCAACCCCUCUCCAAUAUUCAAGCAUUAGUUAUGUUAUUUUAAACUAAGAUAUUUACUAAGAUAUUUACCAAAAAAGCACAAAAAUUGCAGACAGGCUUCCCAACAAAUGCUCCACCACGAGUAAACAGCCAUUAAGGUCAUCUCGACCCACACUACUGCCUUAUCAAGAACUUAAUAUUCCUUGUGUCUAAUGGCUCAUACUGGUGGAAAAAAUGCAACUAAAUCUACUGUAAUCUACUAACAAUUGUAAUGCAUGAACAAUUAUGACUGUAAUGCCUGAUAUUUUCCGAUAAAAAAACUUACACAAAAAAAAUAUAAAAAUAUAAAAUUUUUAUUAUAUUGGAGUUUAAAAAUAAAUUUUCUCUCUAUACCCCAUGUUUCUAGAAUAAUGUUCUCCUCAAAACUGUUUGGCGAGGAUUCCUCUUUUCAGUAUAAAUAUUCAACUGUCACCUCUACCACGUGCUAGAUCUGAUGUACUGUGUAAUAGCAAUAACGCUCAUGCUCUCCAUGGGGAAAUCCAGUGUUAUCUAAAAACCCAUAGUAAAGCAUUAAGCAAUAUUUUUCUAGGGUGUAGUCCUAAUGCGAGUGCGUGCUCACUGUGCAUGCACAUUAGGUCCCACCGCCGGGUGACAUCGGAGGAGGAGCGGAGCUUGACACAGCGCCGAGGUACAUCAGUGCUCGAAUUGGGUAAGUGCAAAAUGUUUUUAAGCCCGGCGCUAGAGAAAGGCCAGUGUUUACCCCCUUGAGCCCUGAGGGUGGGGGAACCUAAAGACCCUAGAGUGCCAGGAAAAAGAGUUUGUUUUCCUGGCUCUAUAGUUGUCCUUUAAAUUUGUCAGUCUGAAUUUCUUUGUAUAUUCGUUGAAUAAAAUUUGGAAAACUGAUUACAUUUUUAAUGUCUUACUCAUUCCAGGGGCAUGAAGGGAUAAAAUGGAAGCCUCAGGCAACCAGAGCUGUGGGUGACGUUGUUUAAAAGAGUGUAAUGCCCAUGGUGCUCAACCUGCUGGCUGCCCAUCGAAUGAUUCAAACUUUUAAUACAAAUGUGGUUCAGCCUGGGCCAAAACCUCACACCAAAUGUGGCAGAAAUGCAACACCUUGAUAUUUAGUCAGCAGGGCUGAGCAUCAUGGGAUUUGCACUUCUGCUAUAAAUAGGGGCUAGCGCUGGCCACCAGGCUGAUCAGUAUUCCCCAUUUGUAGCAGCAGUGCAAUGUUUUGGAAGGCAGGGCUUGGAGGUCUCUCACUGUAAUAGAGCAGGCAGACAUAGCCAGGUCUCCCCAAUUUAAUUUACACUCCCACCACUAUCCUUCAAGGUAUUUAAAAGGAGGGAUCGAAACAAAUUAAAUUCUUGCAAUAGAUGAAGUCCAUUCAAUUUAAUUUGCCCAGUAUCAAAUGUGAAAGUCGGGUGUUUAAGUAACAUUUAGAUGAGAAUGGUCUCACACUUUUAUUAAUAAGCAAUUUUUUCCCUUUUAGAAUAUAAUUCUCAGUAUUGGUAAAUUGUAGUAGAUUUAAGUGUCUUAAUUUACCUCCGAGCUGGCAAAUUCAAUGGAGAUGACUCUUGACAUAAUUUGAUAUUCAGAAAUUAUGGCGGCAAAUAGGUGUGUGUGUGCGUUUUUAUUUUUAUUCUUGACUUUGCAUAUUUUUUUUCACAUUCAUUGCAAUAUUGUGGUUCUCAGUGGGAGGCGGAAGACAUUAGUUAUACUUACCUGUUACAGUUCCUCCUUCACAACCCCAUAUUCUGUGCCACAGUCUUUCGUAAUAGUAGUAAAAAAUGGGGUUCAAUAGAAGGUCCUGCAAGACCCUUGUUAUCUUCCCCAGAUCUUCUCACAAAAUGUCAUUGUCUAAGACUAAAUCUUUGGCAAAAUGUGGCCAAGAUGUUUCAAGGAAUUACUCUUUACUGUUUGCAUAAUUGGGGGAUAUCUUGCAAGUUUUCAUCUUUCUUAAAGUUUGCAGUGAGGAAGCCUCAUGUGUGGCUCCAUUGUUAUAUUUUGUCUUGUUUCAGUUUAUUUUUGUUCUCAAAAGACAACUUAACAUUUUGGCCGUAUAGUCUGUUUGUAGUGGCCUCUCCCAUCUAUGACGUGCCCCCUGAUAAGCGCACAUCUGCUUGCCCUAUAAUUAACAGAAAUGUUCUGUAUUUAGUUUCAACAGAAAUAGAGCAGUUUAUAAAAUAUUAAUUCCCAUUCACAGAUUUGAAAUACUGCAGCUUUUACGGUCCCUUCUAACUAGAUCAACUAUUGCAGCCAUUUAAAUGUCAUAUGUCGACAAUUUGUCUCUUCUGCACUCUUGUAUAUGUUAACUGUUUUAUGCGGAGAGGAGGGAGGAAACCUCCCAUGCUGCCUUUUCAGUUCCUAACAGCUGGUUGGAAAAAUGAUCUCUUUGUAUUGAGGCUCUUGCACAUAAAACUGCAUAUUGACCUCUUAGCACGUUGUAAUGCGAAACCACUCUUAAUUUCUCAAAUGGGACAUUACUCUUGGUGUAAGAGUUAAGGAACAGUUCAAACCACAUAUCCACUAUAGCACGUUGUAUUGAUAUAUAGUGCCAGGAGUGCUCCUCUAUUCCCAUAGUAACAUAGUACCGUACUUGUGCUACCGUACUUGUGCUACCGUAGUCAUACCGUUUUACAAUGAGGUCUGCCAGAAGCCAAUACCUGCUAGAACAGCAUUACUACUUGCAAUAGGAACGAGAGGACACAAUCGUACUGUAGUGGUGAUAGUGCUUGGAGUGUUCCUUUAAAUUAACAUUCAAGCAAAAAUAUGUUUUAAGACCUUAUUGAAUUUUCAGUCUAGUUUUCACUUUUCUGGAAUAUUGGACUGUGGAAACAUUUUUAUAAUUUUUGUAAGAAAACUCAAUUAGGCAUAAAACAGAGUUGACACAAUUGAGUAAAAAUGAAUAUGAUGUUCUAUUUUCUUUCUUUCUUGGAUUUAUUUAUUUUUAAAUCUAAUGCUUUUGGAGGAACAUGUAUCUAAAGCUAGUUUAUUAUAGUCCGGUGUUCCCAAGCAGGGCAAAUCAAUGAAGACUGUGUGGGAAGAAUGUGGGUGGACUGGAGGUGGGUGUUAGAGGUUUUCGGUUUCUUAGAAGAUUGUUACUGCAUUGGCACAUGAUUUAGACAGGAGGAUAUUUGAUGUUUUCAAUAUGUGUGCUUAUGCUUAUCAUGGUUUUGUUUUCUUCCCUCAAGGUAACAAUUAAAAAUAUUGAAAGGGAACUCAUAUGUCCUGCCUGCAAGGAAUUGUACACACAUCCUCUAAUCUUGCCCUGUCAGCAUAGCAUCUGUCACAAGUGUGUCAAAGAGCUUCUCUUCAUGACUCUUGAGGACUCCACUGAUGUCAGUUCUGAAGCAUCUACUCCAGGAAGCCCACGCGGUCGGAUGCAGUCUCCUAGUGUUGAACGAAUAGACAGACUUCUGAGAUCAGGUUAGUAAUAACGUACGUGAUUUUAGUGUUGACAGCGUACCUUUUGACUGCUGGGUGUAGGUCACUUCCAGGACAGCCGCCUCUGCGGUUGUAUAGCUCAGCAAUGCAGAGCUCUUAGCUUGUUGGCUGAGAGUGCUCUCCAACAAUUAGCAGGUCCUGCACUGCUGGGCUUAACUUGGAGAUCUAUGGGAAACUUUGUACAGGGGCAUCUGGAUCUCUUGGAGAAUGUGACUGGUGGCAUACUUGGAGUAUUCAUUUCAAAAAGGAGUGUCAUACCCAAAUAUCAUUCUGAGGCAUUUACUUGUGCUACUCUGAAGAGCUUAUUGAUUAGGUUUAAUUAUAUUUUGCUGUGUCUCAAUUUAAAUAUUGCUUUGUAAAUAUAUAUAUAUAAUUUUUUUUUUUUUUUUAUUAAAAAUUUACAUGUUUGAAUUUUUUUAAUUCAAAAUGUUGCUCUCCCCACAUAGCAUAAUGUCUUUUGGAGCUUUUAUAUUCCUGUAAAAAUCAAAUGUAUACAAUUCUAAAUGAUAACCUAAAGUGCGUAUCUGUGUCAAAGUGCAGUAGUCACUUGGGGUGAAUUUAAUUUAGUUUUAAAAAUAUGGAUUAAAUAAGUCACAGAAAAGAGAAAAUGCAGGGGCUUAGUUUGCUCUGUGGUUUUAAAUUGACUUCAUGAAAGUAACUUUAAGAAAAUGCUAUUCACUAAGAUCCCAUACAAUAUGUAUAAUGAUGUAUGUCAUGUUACUUACAGCCUCAUAUCGGAGCUCCCUCACGCUGAGAAGCAGAGGUGAUUUCUUCUGAAUAUCAAGACUUUAUAGCUUGUGUGCCUUUUGUGCUGUUUCUGCUUAUAGUAUCUGUUAUUCUACUUCUUACAGUUUUCAUUCUGUUGGAGAUAUUCUAUGAAACAGAAAUGCACAGCAAAUUCCCUUUCAAUAUCAGAGUUGUCCUGAGUGGUGUCCCUAUUGAUUGGGAAACCAUUUGGAGCAAAGUUUGCGAAGGCAGCUUGUAGGAUCUGUGCAUCUGCAGGCAUUUGACUCUCUGGUUUGGUCAUGACUCUACUUUACAAUAUCUUUAGAAAUUUAAAAUUCUAUUUAAUUUAAAUUAUCUUGAGAUAACCUAUAAUUCCCCGUAAUUUAAGACUGGUCAGUCUUUCUACCAAUGGUCAUGUUGUCUCAUUGUGUUGAUUAUUUUGAGCUUGGGUCAUCCUGAUUGCCAUCCCCUAUCCAAUCAGACCUAUAGUUCUGACACAGACCUUGGUUUUUGCAUGCUCAACUGGAUCUCCAUAGAGGGCAUUUCUCUCCUACCAUCUAUCUGGUAAUCCUGCUCUUGAAAGUGCUGAUAAUCAGGCAUUCAUAAGAAAACUGUCACUUUGACCCUCAGUUUGUAUAAAUGUUUUCCCAUAGGCAAGAAUUUUAAUACAAAUACAAAAAGAUAUGUCCUGCGCUCACUCCCAUCACUCCUGGACGGCAGCAAUGACUACAGUACACAUCAGCCCCAAUAUAUAGUUAAAAACCAAAGGAAAAAAGUUACCUGCUCGCUUUCCUUAAUCCCUAUGUAUAUUUAGACAAAUGGAGGUCAUUUAGUUACUCCAAUGGCCAUUGGAGGGAAUGCCCGCCUGCCAACGUCAAGGCAGACCCCCCCCUAAGCGGGUCCUACACUGACCAUUCACCUUGCUUCCUUGAGCUUGUGGCAAAGACCGCUCCACUGAGACAGAGAGGGGUAUUUUUUUUUAUAUACACCCCUAUAUACUUAUUAACCCUUAACAGGGAACACAUGGGAUGGGAGGCUGCAUUGUAACAAAGCUGCGUGAUACAAAAAGUGAAUACAAAUACAAAAAGAUAUGUCCUGCGCUCACUCCCAUCACUCCUGGGCGGCAGCAAUGACUACAGUACACAUAAGCCCCAAUAUAUAGUUAAAAACCAAAGGAAAAAAGUUAGGGAUUAAGGAAAGAGCGCAGGUAACUCUUUUUUAUUUUUUUCUUCUCUUUGGUUUUUAACUAUAUAUUGGGGCUGAUGUGUACUGUAGUCAUUGCUGCCGCCCAGGAGUGAUGGGAGUGAGCAGCCGACCAUUCCAUGUGUUCCCUAUUAAGGCUUAAGUAUAUAGGGGUGUAUAUAUAUAAAAAAAAAAAAAAUACCCCUCUCUGUCUCAGUGGAGAUGUCUUUGCCAGAAUCUCAAGGAAGCAAGGUGAAGGGUCAGUGUAGGACCCGCUUAGGGGGGGGGUCUGCCUUGACAUUGGCAGGCGGGCAUUCCCUCCAAUGGCCUUGGAUUAACUAAAUGACCUCCAUUUGUCUAAAUAUACAUAGAGAUUAAGGAAAGAGCGCAGGUAAUUUUUUUUCCCUUUGCUUUUUAAGAAUUUUAAUAGACUACAACUAUUCAAACCAAUAGCUAUAAGUGUGUUUAUUUUAAGCACGGAUGUGAUAUUUUUUUAUAUGCAUUCAAUGUGGUAGGGGCUGUCCGCAAAUUUAGGAGGGAGACCUUGUUUUCAUCUGUGAUCUUUUAAUGGCAGCCAAAUGCAGUCACAUACGUAUAAUGCAUGGCCCCGGUGGAGGAGAGUUGUGUAUGCCUGUGCGCACCAUAUCUAGUGCGCCUUCCAUUAGGCUGCUGUGAAGGCCGGCCCAGGAGGCAGCAGGAAAAAAAUGGUCAUAGGGUUUUGCAUCAAGUGGAAUGCAUGGAUGGAAUGAAUAGGAGUUCCACUACUUAGUUGCGUCAUAUUGCAUUUGCAAACAAUUAAGCAGAGUAGUGCCAAAAAAUUUCAAACGCGGUUUAAUGGCUGCUAGGCCCAUGUGAUCACAAGGCAUCAGUCAAUACAGGUUAUUUGUGUACCGCCUGCUUCUACCUCACUUGAAAAGAGGCCUUUUAAGGUGAGAGUAUUCCCUCUUUGUGCUUCUAAGUCCUACUAUGAUACAUUUUUUUUUAAUUGUUUUUUUUUUUUUUUUGCCCAACUGCAAAGAUAAGGUUGUGGCAAAAUCUGACAAAGUACAUAAUACUUCUCAAAAACCUAAACCAACUUUGUAAUCAAAGAUUUUGUCUGAAAGCUGUAUAGAAACAAAGCCCUGAUGACUGUAAGAAACACUGAUUAACAUUACUAGGAAUUGCUUGAAAACUCUCUCUAAGCAAGAGGUAAUGUUGGUCCCUUCAAAUAGAUGGUUCCAAGCUAGUUUACAGGCAGUCUUUACCUGAUGUAAAAGCAACUACAAUGCAAACAACUAUGCAUACACAGGCAGCCUCAGCAUCUACUAGAAAUUGAAAGGAAAAACUGCAUUUUUUAUUUUGGCUCAGAUUUAUCUUCAGCAGGAUGUUCACUCAUCUUAUAGCUCAGUUUCUAGUGAACAAGACUCGAAUUUAAAGAUUAUAGAAGAUGAGCACAAAAAUAUAGAAAGGGAUUUCUGUACCCUGACUUGUUUACGUGUUUGUUAUUCUAGGAGGAGAUAAUGAACAAAACAUACAUAUAUUAAAGGGCUGCGUGCUUUUUUUUUUUUUUUGUCUGAACAUCUUGUUCAGUUUACAAGAUGGGGGUAAAAAUCUAAAAGGACUUUUGCCUAUGUAGCCAUAAUCCUUGCACAGGCCUGCUCCCUAAACUACAAUAAAUGUGUUUAGAUAUCAUUUGUGUAAGUAAGAUACAAUUUUACUUGCAUAAAUUGUUGUUGGUAAAUCACCUAAAAUUCCUCACCACGUGCCUACUCACACGUCUAACAGUAAUAUAUGCAUCUCUUGAAAAGUUGGAGGUUUGGACAAGGCCUGGGCCACUCUUAAUAUAUGCCAUGUGCACUGCCUCUAUUCAAAAGGAAAAACCAGAAAUCUUACCAUAAAUUGUUUCCUUCGUAUAAGUGGCAGUACAUCUUUCUUCCUUAUUUAUUACAUUUAGAAUCUGGCUUAGUAGAUAUGUAUUUCAGUCUAUCUUUGGUAAAACGGUUCCCAGGGAAGUUUUGUAUGGAAGUUUUGUAGAGGAAUUGGAGACAAUUGAAAUCCUUUUCAUUAACCCGGUUUUGGGUAUUUGCACUGCACUGGACAGCAGGUUGUGUACUGUCCCAAUACAAAAAAAACUAUGGUAAGUAAAAUUUCUGUCUUAAAAAAGAGAUUUUAAGCAUACAUGUCUAUAAUAUGGAGAUUAAAGCUUUUUGGUGGCAGAUCCAUGUUUGAUGUGUGUGUGCCACUUUUAUGUAUUUUCAUCUAUCCAUUUUCAACCAGUUUGCAAAACAUGUAACAAUCUGCAGACUUCCAACAGAAUGAAAGGUUGCAUAACAGAUAUGAGUGUUUUCAUUUUUCAUUCCCUAAAUAGUGUGCAUGCAUUUUUUAUUUGCUAAAUCAAGUGUGUUCUGCAAUACUCUGCUACUUUAUUCCAUAUUUCAUAAUCUUCUCUGCUUAACCUUAUAGACCAAUAACCUAUUGUAUCUCAUCAGACCUCUCCUUUACUUUAUCAUAAAUGUUGUUAGAUUUGUAUAAUCACACCAAACAUCAUGGCAACUAAAAUGUUUUUAAGUGGUCAUGGUGCUUGGAGUCUGUAUCUGUAGCGUCUCACUAUGAAACACUGUCACAUACAGAGAAAAUGCCACUUCAAUGCCAUUGGCCUGACUGAAACGAGAGUUCCGGCCUUGGCUAAUGUUAAAGGAACACAAAACAAGAUGUAGUGUUAAAACCACCAUAUAGCCUCCCUGGUCCCCCUUGCCUCCCUAAAUAUAGUAAAAUCUUACUUGUAUUCAAGUUUGAAGCUGCUGCCUGUGCCCCUGAAUUGCUUCGGCCUGUUGACCUCAUCAGAAGUGGUGGCCUGAACCAAACUCAAUGCUUUCCCAUAGGAUUGGCUGAGACUGUCAAGGAGGCAGAUCAGGGGCAGAGCCAGCACAAGUCAAACACAGCCCUGGCCAAUCACAAUCUCCUCAUAGAGAUGGAUUGAAUCAGUGCAUCUCUGAGGAAAGUUCACGGUCUGCAUGCACAGGGUGGAGACACUGAAUGGCAGUGCUGCUCACUGUGUAGCAUUGCCCCAGGAAACACCUCUAGCAGCCAUCUGAGGAAUGGCCAGUGGAGUUAUCCAUAGGCUGUAAUGUAAACACUGCAUUUUCUCUGAAAACACAAUGUUUACUGCAAAAAGCAUGAAGAGAAUGACUCUACUCACCAGAACAAAUACAAUAAGCUGCAGUUGUUCUGGUGACUAGUGUCCCUUUAAUUCUGUGCAUAGUUGGCAUCUGUUGUCUGCAGCAAAGGGGAGUGACGUCACCAGAGGAGGACUGGGACUCUUGGCCAACUUUGCCUCUGUGGGACCCCCUUUUUUUAGGGUUGCAAUAGAAAUGUUAAAAAAAAAAAAAAUAAUAAUAAUAUUCCUUCGAAAUGCUAUAGGUUCAUAGCGGAGAGGGACUGUAAAUAUAGGAAUAGACUCCACUUUGUAGCUUCUCAUUCUGAGCAGUGGAUUCUGCUCUAGUUCAUGGGAUCAUUGGAACAGCUCAGUAAGAUGCAAUCAUGGUAUGGCUCCUGACAGUUUAUGCACAGGCUGGUUCACCGCUUUGUGAAAUGAACUGUAUGAGUGGAUCAGUGGUGCAUAUGCCGGCGCCUUAGGCAAACCUCCAACAUCAGUGUUGGAGGAAGAUUACAGGAAUGACAGCUAAUGUGUGCAAGGGGAACAACUUCAGGGUUACAUCAUUCAAAAACUGUUAACCUCUUAAGGCAGGCAUCCUCCCAACAGUCUCCUUAUUUUAGGAUCCUGUCCUUUAGUUAUCUGGUGGUCCACUUUUUGGGACACCAGGAAACUGACACAGAAUGAGUUCAUCCUUAGAAAGGAAGAAGAGAAAAAAACAAACAAAAAAAAAAAAACCACAACAAAAACUAAGGAAGGGUGUUGGCACUAUAACUUAGAUUUAGGACUUAAAAUUUGUAGUGUUCUACUAGCCUGGCCUCAAGUUACUCACCACUGCAAGACAUAGCAUACCUUUCUGGGGUGAAUUUCUACUCCCCAGGGCUAAAUUUCCACUCACCAGUGGCAGGUGGAAAUUUUUAGUCCUGUAGAUAUAAUGUAUAUAUGUAGUAUUAGUUCGUGCUUCAGAGGUCGAUCAUUUCUCCUUGGUACUGUUUUUGAUAGCUGUGCCACAUGAAAGAUUUUUCUCCAGAAUAACUAUAAGUAGCUUUCAUUUCUGUAAUUUUGUGGACCUUCUGAUUUUGAUUUGCAUGUGUGUGAUGUAGAAUUUAUAGUCUCUCCCUGCAAUAGUUUUAACAAAGAUCUUUAAUCUUCGUAGGUUCCAAGCGCAAUUCAUUGACUCCAAGGAUGACCACUUUAUCGUGCCCAGGAUGUUUGCAUGAUAUAGACCUUGGUGAACGGGGUAUCAGUGGUCUGUUUCGGAAUUUUACUUUAGAGACUAUUGUAGAACGAUACCGUCAAGCAGCUCGAGCGGCCACCGCUAUUAUGUGUGACUAUUGCAAGCCUCCUGCGCAAGAAUCCACUAAAAGCUGCAUGGAUUGUAAUGCAAGCUUCUGCAAUGAAUGUUUCAAGGUCAACCAUCCUUGGGGAACAAUAAAAGCCCAGCAUGAAUAUGUAGGGCCAACCACAAACUUCAGACCGAAGGUAGGAAUUAUACUAAUUAUUGUACCAUAAGGUUCCAAAAUCCAUGGCUUUUUCCCUGUGUUAACAAAGUCUGCCAAAUCUAUUUUUUUAUUUUUUUUUAAAUUCUUUAAGUGAUUCUUUAAAAUGUGUUUGUUUUUUGUUUUUUGUCGUGAGAAAAUACUGUGAGGUUACCAUACAAACAUAGAGCAACAUGUUCAACUUAUGAAUAAGUGUUGAUGCUCAUCCUUAUUACACGGUUGUAAUACAUUCUGUAUUGAAUGGUUAAUACAUUUUCUCUACUAGAGGCUUUUUUUUUUUUUUUUUUUUUUAAUACUAAAGGGAGAAUUCCAAGUGAAGGCCAAAGCCAACCGAACUGAAAAAAUAGCCGACAUUUAUUUAUUUAUUUUACACAGUUUGGCUAUUGUGACCUUAAAUUUGAAAUUCCCUGUGAAUGCUCACUUUAGUGAGUCUUUGCUCUACAGUGUUGCAUGUACCACUAUAAUAAGUUUAAAGCAUUAGGUGCCAUGAUCGAUUCUGGGUGUCUGCAACGUUAAGAUUUAUACAACAGGGCUGCCAAUGUCACCAAUAUAAUGUUCUAUUUCAAUGGCUUGUUUUAGUAGCAGAAUAUAGAUUAAGCAAACUAAUAAAAAAUAAAUAAAUAAACCACAAAUGUUGAGAACUUAUUUACCUGCUCACCUGUUUCCCUUUUGUCAAUGGGCGAUGCUUAGAGCAUUGCAUUCAGCGUGCCUCUUGUAGUCUGUCAGAAAAUAAUUAAUUGGUUCUGUGUUAAAGAAUUACAGGCCCUAGAAACCAGAAAACAUUGGCUUUUAGUUAUGGCUAUAAUACAACUUGCAGCUAACUUUGUGGAGUAUUCCUGUAGAAAGUGCAGUUAGUUUGGCCAAUGACUGUCUAACUGAGCUAGUGGUUGAUAAUACUAGAAGCCAAUAUUUAUGUCCAAAUACAAAUCGGUACAGAUAAACCAUUUAAUCUUUUCCCAGCUCUGAAUUGCGGUAGCUGCUUAAAGUGAAGCAAUGUAGGCUCUACUGUGCAUGCGCAGACAUUGCUGUGCUGUACCAAUUGGAUUUUUUUCACAGAGAAGCAUUAUCCUAGUUUAACUGCGAUUUUGAUGAUGCCAAACAUGAAGGAAUUAGACCAUUGAAGUUGUGAAGAAGGAAACCUUUAAACAAUACCAUUGUAUUUAUUUCUUUUUGAAACCUAUUAAUUUACAUUGUGAGAAAAGGGACUGCUUUUAGCUACCAAGACCACUACAUUAACAUAGUAUUUUUUCUGCUUAAAAUAUCCCUUUUAAAGGAAUGCUUUGCCAUUGGGAUUACAAACCUCUAUUCCCAACGUUGGUGUGUUUUUCUAAAUGUAGGAUUUAUGGCUGCUUAUUUAUGACUUAAUAAAGAGUUUAACAUUUCCUUUAGUCUCCUUCAGCACCAGUCUUGCCGCAGCUGAUGCUCCUCCCCAGGUGGAGAUGUAACCAAUCGAAUGCUUCUCCAAGGGGAAACUUUGAGGGCCUAGUGCGUGUGCACGAAUUGCCAUGCUGCACUAGUCAACAUCUACUCCUAGAGAUGUAUUAGCUCAGUGCUUCUCUAGGGUGAGUUUUUUUUACUUCUUAAUCCAGAGUCAACACUGAUGCACCAGAACUUCUCUCUAUGGCUGAGCGAUUAAAUUAGAAUUUCCACAAGAUCCUCCCUUUAUGAAAACUGAUUUUGAUUUUGUGUAAUGUGUAUUUUAACCAUACCAUGGCAGCUCAUUGUUGGCCGGAUAAUGCAGUGAGUGAGUCUUCUAUAUUGCCUCAUUGGCUGCAGAGAGCCCCAGUAAAGAACUACUUGAAAGCAAUUUGAUAAAAAUGUAGUGACUGCACCCAAAGACUGGCAUCCUGUCUGCUCGAAUUAACUGUACUGGUUAUUGUAAUUAGAGUACCAUUUUAUGAACCAAAACAUGUUGCCGUUCUUAUGUAUCUGUUAAACACUAGUUUCCCUCAUAUUUAAUAUAGCUACAUAUUUCCAUAAAUUCUAAAAGAUUACUUGAUCAUUUAAAAGGAUAUUUCAAGAAAUAGAAUGCACUGCACACUUAUUUAUUUUUUAAUUCUUUAUAUUAGUAGUGCGUGCAAAGGGACACAAGCAGUUUACAUGACAUUAAAAGUUAAUGAGAAGGUGAAUUGCAUGUACAUAACAGGUCAUGUGAAGAGGCUUGCACUUUUUUUUUUUUUGUAUAAAUCAUUCAAGAGGCAAGAAAUAGACAUGAGUAAAACUUUGAGAAAAAUAAUCGCAAUCGUGUUAUGCAUGUCGAAGAAUCUUCAUUUUGAUAGUGUACUAAACAAGAGUAUGUUGUCGCUUAAGCUAAGGCUAUUGUAAGGAAAUUACAAGAGAAUUCAAGCAAUGCUGCUAGAUUAUCAACGACCUGGCUAGAAAGCCUGCCAGCACAUCUGCAUGGUGACAUUUUUGUAUCUUUGCUAGGCAAUAUUCAUGCUAGACAGUGUCAAACAAGUAUUAACUGAUGAAAACUGAGAUUAGCAAAUCUUAAACAAAAGGGAGCAUUACUCUGCUUUCCUAUGGGGAUCUUUUUUGAUGCUGGAGGUCUGUGAAGAUGUCCAGCGUCAAAUAAGUGUGCUUUACUCCGUAGUAACCAAUAGUAAUCGGUAUGGCAACUCUAAAGAGCUAAGGAGCUUAAUGUAUGCUUAAAUACAGGAUUUAGCAAAAUGACAGCCUAUGCCUAGACAGGAUAAACUCAGGGGGCUGUGGGGUCCAGCCAGAGACCGGUCUUAGGAGAUGAUCAGCGUAGCCAGUGGGGAUCCUCCGGUCUCACACUCCCAGCUCCAGGUGUGAUCAGGAAGCAGCUCGCCAUGUUUAGCAGCCCUUCCUCUCUGUUUGUGUAUAGAGAGCUGCCUGUUCGGAGUCUGAGGGUAACCUUCCCGGUACUCUUCUCCCCCCUCCCCCCCCCACACCACGCUGUUCCAGGAGUAGUGUGCAGAAGCCCGCCAAAAGACCGCUUUCUACUAUGGGUGCGUCUGCUGCCUUAUGUUUCGCAGUUGAAAUUGCGGCCAUCUUAGAUGUGUUUGGCCCAGUAGAUAGGUGUGCUGGCAGGGACCGGGAUGACCUCCACAGGUCCAGAGGGGGGAGAAAAGGGACCUUUCUGCUGCGCCUUUGAAAAGCCAGCGUGGGGCAGUGAACAAGGAAGCAAAGUGGCGGCUGUCCACCUCACUCGAUUAGGCCUCAAUUUCCGAGGUCUCGUAUGGAUUCAGGCUUUAGAAUUCCCGAAUUUGGGGCCGGCACCAGCUGUCUUCCAAGUAGCAGUUCCCUGCUUUUAGGCUCCAGAUAGGGUCAGGCUCCGUUGAUUUUUCAGCUCUGCAAGUCGAAGACCCCAGGAGGUGCUCGGGCAUGCAACCUGUCGGAAUGGCGGUCCAGCCCCGCCCCCUGCACACUUAUUUUACCUGCAAUUGCUGUUGGUAGUUGCUAUAUAAUUUUAAAGGAAAUCUAGCUAUUGAGGUACUGCGUUCAUCAAUACGCAGUGAAUAUUUACUAGUGAUCAACAAAUGUAUACGUUAAUCUUUCUUGAUAACCCGCAUAUAAACACUUGCUAGUAGGAGUAAAUAAAAUACUGUGAAAUUUGAGCUCCACUGAGCAUUGCCCUCUCCGACCCUGUGUUUGUAAUUGUACCUGAUCAAAUAAACAUGCUUAAAGGAACACUAUAGCGUUAGGAAUACAAAUAUGUAUUCCAAACGCUAUAGAGCCCUAGUCACCUAAACAGUGACUAUGGCCCUGUUUGUGUCGAAUAAAUGGUUAACCAUUUUUUUUGCUUACCUUAAUCAAGCGCCGGGCUGCCCUGGCACUGGUGACCUCUCCACCUCCAAUGACGUCGGCUCCCGAGUGGAGCUGAAAGCGCAUGCGCGGCCAGAGGCACGCGUGCAUUGAAACCCGCCCAUAAUAAAGCAUUACUCAAUGCUUUCCUAUGGGGAUCUUUUUUGACGCUGGAGGUCCAUGAAGAUGUCCAGCGUCAAAUAAGUGUGCUUUAUUCCGUGUAAAUCGUGGAAGCGGCCUCUAGUGGAUGUCAGGGAGACAGCCACUAGAGACUGGAUUAACCCUGCAGUGUAAACAUAGCGGUUUCUCUGAAACUAUUUUCAGCUGCAGGGUUAAAACUAGGGGAAUGUGGCACCCAGGCCACUUCAUUGAGAUGUUGAUUGGAUGCCUAUAGUGGUCCUUUUAAAAGAAAAACAGUUAAACUCUAAUGUGACUUUUAAACAGGUUAGGUUGGUUUCUUCCAAAAGAGGAGUAUUAUUAUUAUUAUUAUUAUUAGCCAACAAAUUCAGUAGCGCUGUACAGUGGGUGGACUAACAUACACAUAAUUGAGAUCAGACCACUGACGUACAGGAACAGAGGGGGUUGAGGACCCUGCUCGAUGAGCUUACAUGCUAGAGUAUUCAGAAAGUUCCUCUGUAGAAAAUUGUGGUUGCUUAUGAGAUGGCAAAUUCCUAUCUAUUAUGCUACAGAAAUAAAUGCUAAUUUUAGAAUGCUUUCUGUAACAGCUUCUGCAAUGAGUGAUGAUAUAGAUAUGCUGAGCCAUUUAUGGAUAUGAAGACAUUACAAAGGAUACUCCAGGCAUAAAACAUGCAUUCAGGCAUCCUGAUGUUCGUUCACAAGGCCAGACACUUGCAGGAUUUUUUUUUUAUUUUUUUUUUUACUAAAGUGAGAACUGUUGGUUUAGAAUUUAAGUUGAAUUUAAAAUUUUAAUACCAAAAUGGCUAAACUGGAAAAAAAUCUGUCUGCUAUUUUGGCCUUAAAUCUGGAAAACACUUUGAAUUCCCAGCAAUUCUCACUUUAGUGAAUAACCUUUUAAUUAGUUGCAAAAAUAAUUAAUCUAAUAGGAAGUGUAUAGACACUGCUAAAACAUGGACAGCCAUUUCAUUAUUCGAGUUUACCAAGUAAUCCAUUAACUUGAGCAAUCAGCUGCUCUCUCCCACUGCAUCUAAAAGCAUCCCCCAUUAUAAUCGAGCAUCUUAGGGAAAAAAAGUACAAAAUAUGUGCAUACUCUGGUAUAUCUUCUUUUGAAAGAGAGUGGGCACCAGGGAAGAGAUUUUCAGUGGUUCUUAUCUUAUGUGGAUAUUGCCACUUCACUUAUCUGAUCCCCAGAAAACUAAACUGAAAAGGAACACUUGGUGAAUAAGCCAUAAAUGUCAUGUACAUGGUAUCCUGCUUCUGUAAGGCACAGCUACGCCUGCAUGCGUUUCCCGGCCAGGCCAUACUGUUUGUGGGCUGCUGUUUAGGGUUGGUUGGGUAAGAGAUUGUCUUGUCUCACACUGUGUGAUGAUUUGUUUAGUUCGGUUCAGUAAGCUCUGCCCUCUGUUUUUCCUCCCAGGUACUCAUGUGCCCAGAGCAUGAAAUGGAAAAAGUCAAUAUGUACUGUGAAAUCUGCAGAAGGCCUGUUUGUCAUUUGUGUAAACUAGCAGGAGCACAUGCAAACCACAGAGUGACAACAAUGAGUAAUGCAUACAAAACACUAAAGGUAAGCAUGUUUAUUUUAGAAAUGUUUAAGGCUCAACAUGUGACAAAGCACCACGACUAUUAAAGCUCACUCACUGUAGUGGUUCUGUUCUACUUGCUUCCAUUUUAUAGGCAGUGUUAACAAAAACUAUGCCUAUCCAGAGACCUCCUGCCCACCCAGCCUUUCUGUUUUACAUCCAAACGAACUGCUUUGAUAGUCUGAGAGCUUGAAAAAUCAAUCAGUGAAUUAACGCCCACAUUAAUUUUUACUAUGAAAUGAACAACCUGGGCUGCAGUAACUAUGGUGCCAAGAUUGCCAUGGCACCCCUCUAAUGUAAGUAGUCUCAAACCAUUUUACGAAUGGUUUAACUUCUCACCUGCAGUCCACUGUGUGUUGGUCACUGCCUUUAUGUAGAGCUGGGGGCUUCAGCAUGGAGCAUCCAUUGGAUCUCCUGAGCUAAACCUUGGUAUUAAUGGCGAGCUCAGCUAAGUAGAGUGUCAGCUGAUGAACGAAGCCCUGUGUGACAGACUUGAUUCAGAGUGCAAAACAAUUUUACAUUUUUAGAGAAAAAUACUCUUCACCUUUUAAGAGGACUGUAUAUUCAUAUAAUUUUGUAGAAGAAAGAGUAGUUGCCUAUUUAUUUUUUUUUAAACGUUUUUACUUACGUUGACAAAAAGUAUGAAUAGUUCCUCUUUUGCAAUAUGUAGCACUAUUCAUAAUGACUAAACAUAACCCUGAUGGAGAUUGUUGAUAAUAAAUGCUGUUUUACUUUCUCUCUAUAUUCCGGUCUCCUGACCUUUUUAUUAAUCUUAGCAGAAUUUUCACCUUCUUUUCAACGUGCUCUGAAAGCUUAAAUUUCUUAAAUCUAUGAAUCUGUUGAGUAUCUGAUAGGGAUACUGGAGGGUCAUGAACAUAAUCAUUCUGUUAAAGUUAAAAAUACAGCCAUAUAAUGUACAGCAUUCUGUGAGAGCUGUACUCUAAAGGCGGCUAAACUGCUCACUCAAUGAUUCCUUGGAAAUGGCCUUUGCUACCAGUGGAAAACUGUGGGACAACCAGAACUGGCUGUUGUCAGCCACUUCCUAGUCUUCCUAGAAACUACCAACAUACACCACCAAUGACGAACUAUCCCCAUCCUGAAAUAGAGUGAUUACUGUAGCGGACCACGGGUAACCCGGCUAUACCCGGGAUACCUCCGCUAUUACCUUCCUUCAGCCACUCUGGAACCCUUAACACAAGCAGACAUCCCUUUCCCCCAGUAACUGGACAAGACACUGCUCUGGAGAUACAACUCUGACUUUGUUUUUGUCACACAAGGUUUUACAUGCACAGACCCAGACAUGGGUCUCCAAAACAAUCCACCAGGGGUUUCACUCUCAAGAAGCUGAUAGGGGGAAUGGAAGAGGGACAAAGCAGCUAGUGGGACAGAGCCCUGCUAGGAAUGGGAGGGGGAGAGGCACAGGCAAACGAUACAUUUAACCUACCCUGCACCAAUAAUGGGCACAGGGUGACUAAAAUAUAAAAGGAAUCUGGAAAAUAUACAAAUAAGUGACGGUGUUUUGUCACAAUUACUAUGUAGGAUUUUAAACAUUCCUGUUUAAACAAGCAUUUAAAUUGACAUGCUUUAUUAAUGAACCUCUUCAUCCUGUUGUAUAUCACCACAGUAAAUUAUAAUCAAUUCCACUUCAUUCUGAUGGGAUUGUGAUAUAAAAAAAUAGCUGUAAAGUAAGUGCCAUUGUAGCUCUACUAUAUACUACAAACUUGUACUGUUCUAGUUUGCUUAUUUACUUUUAAACCUGUAUACCUUUUUUUUUUUUUCUUUUUUUUUUUUCAUUCAGGAAAAACUUACAAAAGGCAUAAGCUAUCUCAUUAGCAAAGAAAGCCAAGUAAGGACCCAAAUUUGUGAACUGGAGAUACUGAUCCAGCAGACGGUGGUAAGUAUUUACAUUGCAGAGCUCAUGGUGGACAAGUCAUAUGCAUGUUUAUAUUUUCUUAAGGUAGUGUUUUUAGCAACCUCUUCUAAAAGCACUUUGCUCACCUUUGUCCCUUAAUGUCUUUGGCAGUGGGGCCUUUGUAGUUUAAAUCAAUACUUAGCAACAUAUUGGGAAGAGAAUGCUGUUUUCUUAUUUUAUAGAUGGACUCUUUACAUGAUUACUAAAUCACAUAAUGCUGUCCACUAUUUUCCUGGGAUUUUGCUGUAAUCAAAUUUAUCCAUAAUAAUCUUUAGUGUCAAAUAUGUUACAGCCAUUGAGUUUUCACUUUUUUUAUGGUGGUUAAGUUUGAAGGGGAACAGUCACUACUUUGGAUUUUACAACACUGAAUAAAAUACUGAAAAUCACCGCUAACUUGUGUUAACCAUUUUCAGUGAGAUGAUUAGUUUUCUUUAAAUUGAUAUUAGGCACAGCCAAAGUAAACCUUGUAAAUGAAGAUAAGGAAAAGAAACAUUUCCCCUUUCUCUGUAUAAUUAUGCUGUACUGACUGCCAGGUGCAAAGGGCAAUGCUUAUAAAACAAUUGACAUGGCGCUAAGAUGGAGGCACCCAGUUACAUGAUUAGGAGCUGUGGACUCCUACAUUCAACUUCAACCCCUUAAUGACAUUGGGGCGUUCCAUGCCAGCCUAAAAUAGUGGGCCUCCAUGCAGUUUGGACAGCUUGGAAUGUCCUACAGUUUUGGUGUGAUCAGGCUUAAAUCCUUGCUCACACUGGGGAGCCCCAGGUAUCAAUUGAUACCUAGAGCCUCCUCUAUUAGCUGGGACCAUAUUUAGUGGCCUCAGACUGGCAGGUGAGCUCUCAUGCAAGAGCUGCAGCAUGAGAGGGAGAUCUCCCUCUCAAUUUGCAUUCACAUAGUACAGAGCGCUUUGUACUAUGUGAGAUGAGAAAUCCUUCCCUUUGAGUGAUGGUUAGGUGUAUGGGCUAAUGCAAUUUUUAGUGUUGAGCUACUUGUAAGUUAGGUGUACAGUUAGCAAUUAGUGUGAGAAUAGGGUUAGGGGUUGAUUUGGUGUACAGUUGUUAGUUAAUGUUAAUUAACAAAUUUAUUUGAUCCAUGACACGAGGCAUUCAACAAUCUGAACUAAUACGUAUAUCUAUUUUGAAUUAUUUUUCUUUAUUUGAUGUGUAAAACUUCUUUAAGUUAAAACUGAGGAGAAAAAUUCCCUUCUCCUCUCCCCCUCAAUAUUUAUAUUUUAUUUAUUCCUAAUGUUUUAGGUAUACAUGUAUGAUAUUAAAAAAAAAAUAAAAGUAUAAUAAAGGCACUAACCUUUUAAUUACGGUGGAAUAAACACAGUAAAUUUUAGAUUUUGUUUUGGUUCAGAAGUCGGACAGCUGCUUCCGUCCUUAACGUGUUAAUUUUCUAACCUCAAAUACGUAUUUGUUUAAUAUAGAGAUGAAUAAUCGUAUUAAAAAUCCUUGGAAGUGGCAUUUCCCCUUUAUGUUGGAUGUUGGACUACCCGUAGUAUAUGAAAACAUGGUGUUUUGUAUUACAAAUACUAGCAUUUAGAUCUGAGUAUUAGCCAACCUGUAUCUUCUUUUAGAUCAAUGGUGAUCGGGCUUAUGAAGAGGCAACAUACAAUUUUGAGAAGCUGUAUAAUAUUUUGGAGGAGCGAAAAACGUUUGCCCUAAAAUCUAUUCAGAAUUCAAAGUCAACCAGGUUGGAGAAGCUGCAGAACCAGAUGGAGGAAUAUCAAGGCCUUUUGGAAAAUAAUGGACUAGUGGGAUAUGCACAGGAAGUACUGAAGGAAACUGAUCAUUCUUGCUUUGUUCAAACUGCAAGGCAACUACACACCAGGUAUCCUGCUACACUUUUUAUAUACCUUUUAAGUACUGAUAAGUACACUUAAUGAUUUAGUAAUGAAAUUCAGAUGGGAAAAAAAAUGGUGUGGAAGGAUUAUCGUAAAUUGUUUGCUUUUUAAAGGAACACUAUAGCGUUGGGGAUACAAAUACCAUCAGUCAUGAAAGGGUUCAAAUCUAUUUUUUUUUUCCUCCCUGACUUACCUCUUUCCAGACCCGAGCUCCCCUGGCACUGGUGGUCUCCUUCUCCCCCGACGUUAUGACUAUAGCGCUACAAUCACAUUCGAGUUUCCCUGUAGAAAAGCACUGAAUUAAUGCUUUCCUAUGGGGAAUUUGAAGACGUUAAAAGUUCUCAUGCAACAAAAAAAUCAAUAAUAAAAUAUGAUCUAUACUAAUCUAUACAUACUCGUUUUCCUGGAUCUAUAGUGCUCCCGCCAGGCUCUUGGGGGAGGAAGGGGUUAAAUGUUCCUCUUUCCCCAGCGCCGGGCGGCGAGCUCUCCUCCUCCUCUCUCCGCGUGCGCAUUCAGCCAGUCCAUAGGAAAGUAUUCUCAAUGCUUUCCUAUGGACACUGGCGUCUUCUCACUGUGAAAAUCACAGUGAGAAGCGCGGAAGCAACUCUAGUGGCCGUCAAUGAGACAGCCACUAGAGGCUGGAUUAACCCAUUUAUAAACAUAGCAGUUUCUUUGAAACUGCUAUGUUUAUAGAAAAAAAGGUUAAACCUAGCUGGACCAGGCACCCAGACCACCUCAUUAAGCUGAAGUGGUCUGGGUGCCUAUAGUGGUCAUUUAAAGGAACACUCCAAACACCAUAACCAUGGUACUUGAGUGUCCUGUCUCCCCAUCCCCCACCCAAAUAGAUGUAGAACAGUUUGACUUCUUUCAUGGAUCUUCACUCUUAUCAGUCUCUGUUUCAGCUGGAAGCUUUUAUCUCAGUGUAUCUUGCUUACUGAUGAGUAGGCCCUGCACAGCAAAGUUUUUUUUGCUCCAAGCCAACAGUUUUUACUUCCAUCUGUAGAGAGGUGGGAAGAAGUUCCUGGCUGAUCCCAGGUAAGAAGUCAAAACGUUCUAUAACUGCUUGACUACUUGUGUUGGGUGUGUGGGAUGCCAGGGCACACUGUAGUGCUUAUAGUACUUUGUGUGCUUUUCUUUAUGUGCAAAUCCUUCACAAAUUGAGCUUUAACAACUUCAGAAAGUUGGCCAGUCAGGAGCCUAUUAUUCUAAUUUAUGGAGUCUGAACUCUUUUGCAUAACCUACUGUAGCAGUAUAAAGGGGGGGAGGGGGGGGGGAGAGAAUCUAAAAAGAGUUCCCUUUGUUAUACUAUUGCUGCGGAACAUGUUGGUGCUGUAUAAAUAUUAAUGUUUUCUCGGCUUCUUGAUGACAUGUACAACUGUGUUAUUGUAUAGUGCUGGGAAGUAGAGGGAGAUUUAGGAUAUAUGCUAGUAAAUGCUUAAAGGUUGUGUUGGUGCCUGGAUUGUUCCUUUAAUGGAGAAUUUAGACUUUGGUCUAAAUGUGUUGUCACUUACAAUACAAUCCUGAAGUAAAUUUACAGUUCUAUCAUUUUUAGAGUUAGUUGAAAUUUUUGCAUAAUGUAUAGAAGUAAACAAAAAUUGGUGUGUGUAUAUAGUCUGCUUGUAUUUGUAGAAAAGAGUGCUUAGGUAACCUAUGCUUGAAAUAGUUUUAUAUAUAUAUUUUUUAAUUUGUGAUAGACAUGAGGCUUGGAAAGGACACUUUCAAGAUGGCUUUUGUAAUUCAUUCAUCAGGACUUAAAGGGACCCAAGUCACCCAGACCACGUCAUCUCAAUGAUGUGGUCUGGGUGCAAGGUCCUGUUAUGUUAAACAAUGCAGUUUUUAGCUGCACUCUUUACAUUGCAGGAUGAAAGGAACACUAUAUAUUUUUAGGAAUACAAAAAUGUAUUCCUGACACUAAUCCUGGUAUGACUGUUUAGGUUUCCUGGCCCCGCUCAGAUCGUGCUGAAAGUGUUUAUGCUCCUCUUUUUUCCCAUGCCACUCUGGUCUCACCACGGCUGGCUCUGCCUAGCUCGUCCUUCAUGGCUGAGAUCAUCAAACUUGAUGAUCUCUGCCAAUUCAAUGCUUUUCCAUAGGAAAGUAUUAGGCUAUUGUGCAUUUGCGGCAAAACGCCACGCUGCACCAAUCCGCAUCUCCUUGUAGAGAUACGUUGAAUUAAUGCAUCUCUAUGGGGAACAUUCAAAGCUUUUAUGCAAAGUGUGCAGACACUGAAUGCCAGUGCUGCUUACUGUGCAGCACUGACACAGGAAGCACUUUUAGUGGUUGCCUAAGUGAGUACAUUGGUGCCUAGAAACAUCUCCAUUGGCAAACACUGCAUUUUAUCUGAAAAGUUUUACGGUGUAGUGGUUCUUGUGACUUGUGUCCCUUUACAGUCACUAGAGGUGCUAACAUUGUACUGAUGGAGUAAAACGGUCACAUGAUGUGAAAGCUUAGAAGUAUUGAGUACUAUGCUUUUCUAAGGGGAAAUUAGAAUGUGCGUUUGCCGCACACGCACAUUAUAUCCCCAAUGCUUCUCUCAUUAACAGAGUAGUAGUCACCCACACCGAUAUGCAUAACCGGUCUAUUAACAAUCAGAAAUGUACACAAACACAACCUUGUCACUCAUGCUCGUUGUACAAAGUGAGUGAUUUCAAUUUUUAUUUUCUGUACUUUGCUUACAUUGUCGUUUAUCCUCUAUACCCCAUUUCUGUUCAACCAUGUUUAUAGAAGUAAAAUAUCCAUGAAAGGAGCCUGACCCAGCGCCGAGGGACAUCGGCGCUGGAUUCAGUUAAGUGGCUGAAGGGGUUUUAACCCUUCAGCCCUGAGGGAAGAGGGUGGACCUAAUAACCCUAUAGUGCCAGGAAAACUUUGUUUUACUGGCACUAUAGGAUCCCUUUAGGCUUGUUUUGCCCUUUGCAUUUAAUGUUGCUUUAUUUCAUUUUGUUUGGGGUUUGUUUCUGCAGAAUUCAGAAAGCUUCAGAUUCUCUGAAAACAUUCCGUCCAGCUGCAGAUUCUAAUUUUGAAGAAUAUUUUGUUGAUGUGUCGAAAGAAGUAGAUCUGCUAAAUGACCUUGCCUUCACCAAAGGUAGGGAAACAAAAUACACUACUCUGAUAAAAGCAAUAAAUAAGACAAUCUUUAUCAAUAAGUAUUUGCUCAUGUGAGUUAGACUGGAAACCAUUUAAAAGAACAUAGAGAAAACAAUAAAAAAAUCCUGGCCUCUGUAAUUUUAGAGCGCUCGCAAAACAAAAAACUAUAUAUUAGCAGUUUGCACCUGCGCAAUGCAUGGAUUCAAUUUUAUUUUCUCUUAAACAAUAAAACGUUGUUUUUGUGUAACACGUGCACUUUAAACAAAUGGUAUUUUAGUGUUUAUUACUUUGAUAUAAAUUUGUAUCUCUUGUAUAAAAUAAAGGGAUGUCCAAAGAUUUACCCUAACUGAUCGAAAACAGGUGAUGCUUUGCCGACAUUAAAGACGAACUGUUACUUCUCUGGAAUUUAUACCGUUAAAUAUAACAUUGACAACCUAUAAUUUGUAAUCAUCUUGCUGCAAAGGGCAGAGUUUAUAAUAGCAUGGAACGAAGAUGGAUGCAUCCCGUCACAGGAUGAGGAAUAACUUUCUACAUUUUAAUUUUAUUUUUCUUGCCUCACAUACAUAUUUGCUAAAUCCAAGAAUAAGUAAACCUAAUAAUACAAAUCCUGGAAAGUGGCCUAUCCCCUUCAAGGCUAACAAAGCAUUAUGAGAGGUUUUUAAUUAAAACUACUGGGGGUUCUAGGUUCUAACCACCACUGGGUUACAAGUAAUACAAGUUGUAUUUGAGCUUGAAUACAAAUUUUGAUAAUUUAUUAAUAUUUGAAAGUUUAUUAAAGUGCCUACUUACUAUUUUAUUUUUGCAAUCUAGCACUGGAUAUACCAGAAAUCGAUGUAGACCAGAGCUAUGUCUACAACAAAGCUAAGAUUUGUUGGAAGCAGCCUGACCAUGAAGAUUCUGUUGACAGCUAUAUCCUAGAAUAUCGAAAGCUUGACAAAAACGAAGAUAUCCCAUGGACUGAGGUUGAAACAACAUCUACUUCUAAAAUAUUGUCUGACCUUGAAACCAACAGUGCCUACAGUUUCAGAGUGCGAGGAUGCCGAGGUUCUGUGUGCAGUUCUCGUAGUAGGGAGGUUACCCUGCAAAUGCCUCCAGCUCCAGGUAUGCUAACUCGUGCAUCUUUUGCCUGUUUUGGAAACCAUGUAUUUUAAGUAGGUCUGUAAAAAGGUAUCGUCUGUAACAGGAUCAAGGUGCUGGGUUCAGACAUGAAACUGCUACUGCGUUCGUCCCUACUCCAUGCCACCAGGCAUCUCGGCACAAUCACCCAAAUAGUGAUAUAUAUAAAUAGAGCACUAUAUCUACAGUGGAGGGGGUGAGGGCAACUGUGGUGCAUAUGGGAGAUGUUAGUGGGUACCAAGGCAACCAAUUUAGAUUGGUCUGGAGACCUCUCCUAGCUCACUAGAGCAAUGCCCUGCUAAAACAAUGUAUUUAGCCGAGACAUUAAUGGGAAGGGAAGUGUACACCUACAAUUGUCACUGUCCUGAGGGCAAGCAGUCCCUAGAAGGAGUGGCCUCCAAGCUUCUCCACAAGCCAUAUAGUAUCUCUUUAAUUGGUGUGAGGUGAUACAGACUACAGUUCUAGAAAAACCAUUAAGGAGGAAGUUUUGAUUACUCUCUAUGUAUUCCAUCAUGUUUAAAAUGAAUCACUAUGUAUGAUGAGUUCAAUUGGUAUAAAAGUUUUUUAUUUUUAUUUCUUUUUUCUUUUCUUCAACAGUGUUUAAUUUUCUGUUUGAUGAUAAAUGUGGAUACAGCAAAGAGCACAUUUUACUUAAUGCCCAGCGAGACACAGUGGAAAGCAUUGCUGGGUUUCCUUUGUUGCAUGGUGCGGAGCGUGUUCAGGUUGGCUGCUACAUGUGCCUUGAUUAUAUUAUUGGUGAUUGUGGAAUUACAAAAGGGAGGCACUUCUGGGCCAUUUCCGUUGCUUCCCAUUCUUACUUGGUGAAAGUUGGAGUUGCAUCCGAUAUUAAAUUGCAAGAAUGGCUUCAUAAUCCUCGUGACAUAAGUAGUCCAAGGUACCGUACAACAUCCUAAGUAAUUAAAAUAAUGUAAUGUGUGUUCUGUAUACCUUAUCUACAGUCUCUAUAUAAUAGGAGUAGGAAUUCUGAAACCAGAGGACAUUAAUAUAGUUCUUUAAUGAAAUCGUUUUGCGUAAAUGUAAGCCUUUUACCUGGAAACCAAACAAGGUUAAAGAGCCUGCUGUAUUUUUGUAUUUUCAUUCACACACAAAAAUGUGUUGCACUACUGGCGGUUUAAGUACUUGUCACGUGUUGGUGAUUUCUAUGCACACAAUAUACAUGUCUCUCAGUGUAAACCUGUGUUGGAGUGUGUAUGCUGCAAUUAGAUUCCUAGAAAACCUAUGAAAUGAACAAUCUGAAGGCAAUUAAACUUGCUUUGUGUGCACAUAGUAAAGAUAUUUUGUGGGUGUCAUAACUGAUGAUACUCCGAUACAAACACAAAGAUUCAUAGAUACAGACAUACACAUAUGACAGAUAUACACACACAAUUCAUAUUUUUAGCCACCCUCCUGUUUCCUACCUUUUGGGUGCAGGAGUGUGGCUCCCCUGUGUUCCAGUAGGACUUAACAGGAGCAGGUGUCAAUGGGCUUGGCUGCGUCUGAUGGGAGAGUGCUGCCGCUGGUAAAAACUCCUCCCUCUUCCUCCUGUAUCUCUAUGCAGCUCUAUGCACGCCAGGAGGAAGUGAAGGGAACUGUAAAUACUUCAUCCCGAUGCAGGGGAGCAGGCGAGCGGCCAGCUGUGCAGAAUGGGGUUGGGUGGGAUUCACGCUCUGGAAUGGGAGCAGGUGAUGGGCGGCGAGCAGAGCCAUCUUUAAACGGUGCCCUUAUAGCUUGCAAUUCCCAUAUGCGGCAGGGGGGUAAGUAAUUGAAUCACCAAUCACUUCCUUCCGGCGAGCGCAUAGCUUCAUGGGGAUGGAGACAACAGGCUGACAAAUCCAUGAGCCAGGAAAAAUUCUUAGUUGCCCUGGCGACUGGUAUUUGUUGAGCCCUGGUUUAAAUGCUCGUAUUUUUCUUUUCCUUACACAUUGAAAUCAAAAGGAUGUAAGCAUUGCACAUUUGACACACUUUAUUUAUUUUUAUAGAUAUGAUCAGGACAGUGGACAUGACAGUGGAAGUGAAGACAUUUCUUAUGAUGCAUCUCAGCCUUUUACACUGGCUACUAUAGGAAUGAAGAAAUUCUUUAUCCCCAAGGCUUCCAAUGUAUCCAGUAUCCACACAGAGAGAGUUCUUCCUCUCCCAAACAGGAUAGGGGUUUGUCUAGACUACGAUAAAGGUGUUGUUGGGUUCUACGAUGCAAACACCAUGAAAUGCUUAUACGAACGUGAAGUUGACUGCAUUGGAACAAUGUACCCUGCAUUUGCCUUAAUGGGUGGAGGAGAAAUUUGUCUGGUGCAAUCUAUUACAGCUAAACAUUUGGACUACUCUCAUGAAACAUAAUUUCAAUAUCCCACUCGAUAUUGCGAGGAGAAACAAGUUUAUGAUCUCUUGUUUUUACUAAAGUGAAUACAUUACAACCAAAUUCACCAGUGCAUUGAUUGAACUUUAUUUUGUGCGUGUGGUUUUGUUUCUGUGUUUGUAUUUCCCUUUUUCUGCUCAUUCCAUGGUCACCUCUCCAACUGCUGCAGUGUAAGUCUAUAGCACAGUUGGUCUGUCUGUACAUUUUCAAUGUGACCAUUUCACAUAAAUGGUGGAGUAAAUUACGUUCAGAAGGAAUCCUCCGAUUUUAAAUGUCAAAAUUAGUUGUGGUCAUCUUUAAUUGUCAUUUCAGCUGAUUUGCUUUAAAUGUGUUUUAUGGUUUAUUUAAAAGUGUAAUGGGGGUAAAUAAACUAGAACCAACCAAUUUCUGGUUCCACAGACCUUUUAUGACCCUUUAUUAAUGACCAGGGUAAACUGUGUUUUAACCAGUUACCUUGCUGCAGUCUGAGCCCUUGAUUCCCAAUAGGGUGAGCUUUGUGCACUCCUUCUGCCACGAGGGUUAAUGUGAACAGAUAUUGUAAAUGUAUUUAUUACUUGUUCUGCUCUGGCAUUGAAGGAUUUUAAAUCUCAUGAAUUUAAAUGCUGUUUCGUUACAGAUAUGUUAUGCCAUUGUUUUGUUUUUAUGUGAUAUUUAUGUUCUGUAAAAUAUACCGUAUUUUAGCCCUGUCAAGCUUUUGGAGAAAAUCCCAAAACACAAUGAAUCACUAAUGAGCACAUGCAUUCAUUUAUUUUACUUGGUAUUAUGUAUAACCUACCUAAUGCAACAUGAGAAGUUAUUUAAAGUUAGAAUACUAAAGUCACUUUUAUUAUUUUUUUUUCCCUAUUUCUAAUCCACUUUUACACAAUGAUUGCGCAAAAUCGACUGGUAUCAAAGCAGUCUUUCAUUGAAUUUACAGCACCUUUAAGUUUAGUGAAUAUUACAUUUUUAUUUUAGUGGUUUGUGUCAGCCUGCUCGUGAUGUACAUGACACAUAAUGCAUUUUACACUUCUGACUACCUUCACAGAAAUUACACUACACACUUUUACUAUGAUCCUGAAAAGUAACGGGAGGUUAGGUUGCUUUUUUAAUUCUUUUUUUUUUUUCUUCACUAGUUAAAUGGCACUUUAUAGUAGAGACCUGGCUAAAUACUAUGCAAUGUUAUAGGAGUUGUGCAAUGACGCUGCUAAAUCGUAUGUUUGGUACUACUGUUAAUUGGUACUACUGUUAAUGAAAAUAAUGUGUACAUUGGGAUUUCCUGAUUUUUCCUUGUAGAAACUGUUAUGGCAUUUGGUAUUAAUACCAUACAAAAUGUUUCUAUUUGUGUUUUUAUAAAUAAAAUAUUGAAAUGGCGUUUUAUUUA